AUGGAGCAACGAAUUGAAGAUUACAGUGUUUUGGAGGCUACCGCUGCGGCAGCCGGCAGUGGUGGAGUUGGAGUUGCUGCGGGCGGCGGUGCCGCAUCGCUGGUGACUCCCGCGAAGCUGGCGGACCUGUUGAUGGAGCGCGGUCCCCUGGCGAUCAGGUACAUCAACCAGGCGCUGACUGAGAGCGUGCCCCUGUUCAAGGACUUGUCGACGUCGAAGCAGCGGCGGCUCGUGAUGGGUGCGAUGGAAUUGGGGGACCAAGAGCGGUGCAUGGUGUUUAAGAAGGUCGGGUGGGGGUUGUGGACCGUGGAGCGCGUUGCACCGGAGAGUUUCAUCGAGGUACGCGACGCAACGAACAGGAGGAACUCGAAGGUGCGCGAAAACGUGCGGGAGAACACGGAUACUACGGCGAAGAAUGAACCCGCGGUGCCUGCAGUGCCUGCAGUGCCCACAGUACCUACCUUGAGUGUACCGCAAAGGAGAAAGACGGUAGCGAAACCGACGACGCAGAGCGAUGGUGGGUCGCCCCCACACGCGAUGUACAUAGACGAGAACGCACUGGCGUCUGACGACGACGAUGAUGAUGAGGAUGACCACCGCAACGAUAUUCAAGCGGGCGAGGAGGACGCUGGCGGGAAGAUGUACUCUUUCAACCGGCGGGCGUCCGGAGUCGUGUACGCAGACCGCCCCAGUGCAGAGAUGUUCGAGCAGGACUUGCUCGCGCAAAAGAUGCGCCCGUUGAUCAAGAACCGGAGCAGGCGGUCGAGUUCGAAGAACAGACCGCCCGUGCACCUCGUUCCGGGCACCGGUGCCGGCACCACAGGUGGCGCUGGCUCUGCCUCUGCCUCUGCCUCCGCGCAGGAUGCCAAGCAGCGCGGGAAAAUGUACGGCAGCGCGAACAGCACGAGUCUCGAGCUGGUCGCCGAGGCGGUGCCGCGCCGCUCGUCCUCGCGGCUCUCCGUCUCGAAGGAGUCGAGCAUCCGGUCCACGCUGCUUGCGGGGCAACCGCAGAAACCCGUGUUCAAACCUCCGCCUCCUCCUCCAGCUCCCGCUCCUGCCCCUGCAAUUGAAGCAGCACACGAGGAGAACGCAGAGCACCACUCGGACACGGAGGACGAGGACUGGGAGCAAUUGGGGCCUCAGGAGUUGCUCCGCAGCGGUCCCGCGGCGCCACAGUCGACCGAUGAGGCCGCACAGCUGCUGCUGUCGUUGAACAGGUGA